AAGUUAGUUUUCGUUCUCCUGCGUUGCAUGAACUACUUGGGAGUGACCUUGCGAUGAGGUACUAACCAAGGGUAUUAAAAGAUGCUGAAAGCACUAUUCGAAAACCCGCAACUGGUGCUGCGACGGGAUAUCAUUAUUCCGUUGACGACGUACCUGCACGACGUGGAAGUAUACCUUCUGCGCGUGCGCGGCGGAGUGCUCUCGCGCUACGGCAAGCAGUUGCAGGGGCUCUCACCUGAAACUGCCGCGGGUCUGCUCGUCCUUGGUGUCGCAACGCUCCUCUACAUCCUGAUAACGCUACUCCGAUGGCGCCGAGUAUCACGAUUGAUGGAACCGGCAUGGCGGUUAGUUGCGAAGCGCGACGCGCAACUGGUGAAGUCGCGCAGGCUCUUGGUGGACGAGCAAACGCCUGCGUCUGCCGAUAUAAUGGAGACUAGCGGAGGAAAAGCGGCAUCGUCAACGAAGAUGAAGUCAGCGAUGAAGGCGGUGCCGAAGUCUUCCGCUGCACAGAGGGCGAAAUCAACUUCGCGAUCGCGAAGUUCCUCAUCCAGAAAAAAUAGCAAUAAUGAUCAAGAAAUCCUAGGGGCAGCUGAAAAUCCAUUACAGGUGAGCCCAAAUGACGCCGAAAUCAUCAAUCCAUCGGGGAAAAAGUCCAGUCCUACGACCGCAACCGCCGGAGGGUCUUCCUCCUCCUCUUCUUUUCAGCCGAAAACGGCCGACGGAAAAACUCGCCGAUCGGUGGAGAGCAUCCGCAAGCUUCUCGUGCGCAAGCAGGCCACGGUGGAGCAGAUCGUGCGCGCAUAUUGCAAACAGCUGCUGUUAGAGUGCGGCCCGGACAAACUCAACUCCUUCACCGAGGAGAUGGUGGCCGCCGCAGUGGAGGAGGCGCAGGAAUGGGACGCGAAAAUUGCGGAGCACGGCAAGGAAAUCCUUUUGGACAUCGAGAACUACCCCUUGCUCGGCGUACCGGUCUCGGUCAAGGACUGCAUAGCUGUGAAAGACUGCCACACCACCUACGGCGGUCUCGCGCGGUGCUGCGCCGAACCGGCGAGCGCGGACAACGUGCUUGUGCAGUGCAUUCGGGCGGCUGGGGGAAUCCCGAUCGCGAGGGGGAACUGUCCCCAGCUCCUCAUGCUCGCAGAGUCGAACAACGACGUGUGGGGGUGCAGCCAAAAUCCCUGGGACCCCACGCGGUGUUCCGGAGGAAGCAGCGGCGGCGAUGCCGCGCUUGUGGCCGCCAAUGCGGUCGUGAUCGGAUAUGGUAUGAUGUUCAGGAAAAUGAAAUCAUUUUCCGCGCCGAUUGAAGGUUGGAGAUCGAUGAUGAAAUAGAGCGUCCUAGUGUAAGUGAUGAAGGAAUGUUGAAACUACACAAUGAAAAAAAAAGCGAACAGAUUUACUCCCCAAACAGGCACAGACAUCGGUGGAUCUGUGCGGAUUCCCGCUGCGUUCACGGGCCUCGUCGGCUUUAAGCCGACGUCUCAGCGGCUGAACGCUUCGCACCGCACCAGCGGUCCCAGUGUGCGCGAAUACGGCUCGCAGCUAUACAUUCCCGGAGUCCCCGGCGUCAUGGGGAAUUGCUGCGACGACGUGGAAGCGGGGAUGUAUGCGCUGCUGUACGAUUUCAAAACGCGCAAAUCGCUGUACGACCUGGAUCGCUGCAUUCCGAAACAGGGCUGGCGCCCGGUCGACGUGGAUGCCGAAGCGGACACCCUGCGGAUCGGAUAUGUCCUGAACGACCGGUUCCUGGAACCGUGCAAAACCUCGAAGCGUGCGAUGGAGCGCACGCUGGCGGCAUUGAAGAAAGCUGGGCACGAGCUGGUUCCAUUUUUUCCAGGUCAGCAGGCCGAAAUGCCCGAACCGGACGCAGACGACCCGCUGUCGAUUUGGCGGGCGUACAAGCUGUACUGCGGCCUGUUCGCAGACGGCAACAUGUACGGGUUCAAGCACAACGGACUACAGGGCCAGCCCUUGUUCCGGGACUACGCCACGAUGUCGCUUGCCGCUAGUAUACCCGAGGCGUUUGGGUUGCGCAAAAUCAUCCUCACCGUGCUUCGGUACGUGCUGUGUGAAAAACGAAAGGCCCACGCCUUCUCGGGCGUGACCCGCAGCCCUCGAAGCGUCCGGGAAUUUUGGAACGUGUACACGAACGGACAGCGGGACUUUCAGGACAAGUGGCUGAAAAACUACGAGGAUUUAAAGUUGGACUGCCUGAUAUACCCCUGUGUCCCCAUUCCCGCGUUCCCGCACGGGGUGGGCAAGACGCUGGUCCUGGUGCAGAGCUACACGUGGAUCUUCAACCUGCUCAAGUGGCCCUGCGGCACCAUUCCGGCGGCCUACGUUCGAGAGGACGAACAAGAGUACGCGCCGGCCUUGUUCCCGAACGACUCACUGUCCAAAGCAGUGCGCCACAGCAUGAAGCGCAGUCGGGGACUGCCGGUGGGCGUGCAGGUUGCGUGUCCCGAGUACGAAGACGAAAAGUGCUUGCACAUUAUGACGUACCUCGAAAAGCUGUUAGCCAAAGAGAGAAAAUGAAUACCUACCUAUGCGCAACUGUUUUUUCAUCUGGGCCGAAACGGAAAAACGCAAUCAAUCGCAAAACAUAUGUAGAAGAUAGUCCUGUUGGAGGUUCGCUUCUGCAAAGCGAAA